AUGAAACCAAAAGUUAAUAAUUGGUCAUGUAAUAUAAAUUCUCUUUGUAUAACUGAAGACGGAUACGAAUAUUUAAGUAUUGGUAUCAUUUAUAUUAAUCUAAUCUCAAUAAAACAUCAUUUACAAACUAAGUUAGAUAAAUGUAAAUUAGAGGAUAUAUAUUGUACUUUGUAUCUGGAAAAUUUGAGCUUAAUUGACGAAGAUACAUGCCCAGAAAGUAUAAUAUUAAAACCACACAAUUAUUGUACACCUUUUGACAGGAGUUGUGGAAUAAUACAUUUAAAAUUUGCUAGUAUUGAGAAGUUGAUGGUUUAUAUAAGAAAUAAUCAAAUUAAUAUUAAGUUCCAAUUUUACUAUAAAAAAUCUCAGAACUAUUCAAGAAAAAUAUGGAAUAAUCAAAAUUUAGUACCAGACACUAUAUUGGAAAAAGAAUAUGAUUUCAACUUAAAUUCAAUAAUAAAACCAAUAAAUGAUGUAUAUAAACCAAAUAUUAUUAUUUCAGCUAAAUAUUUUGAAGUAAAGAUGUCAAUUGCGCUAGAAUGGAUUGCAAUAAAACCAGAAAAGUAUCCUAUGAAAUCUAACUCAUCAUUUAUAAUUAAUAAAACAAGUGAUAUGAAAGAUAUAGAAUCUAAUUUAUCUAAGAAGAAUAUCUAUAUACUAGGAAAUCAAUUUGCAAUGCAAAACAGACAUCUGUACUCUAUUCUAUUAUCUCCCAAAUUACUAGUAUCUCUUCUUCCAGCAAAAAUAUAUGAAAUAUAUGAACAGUCAAUAUGCGAAGAUCCUUUGAUAUUUAAUAAUUGCUUAGAUAUAAAUAAUACAAAUAUAUAUAUGAUUAAAAACUCCGAUAUAAAAAAAAUAAAUAAUAAUAAAGAUUCAUAUUUAACUGAUUCCUCUCAUUUAAACAUUUCUAUAUUUGGAGGAUGGAGUAUUCAUAUACAUAAAAUAUACUUAAAUAAGAGGGGAUUUACAUAUCUAGGUGAUCUAUAUCCAUUACAUAGGAAUAAUCGAUCAUAUAGAAUAUAUAUUCAACAUUAUAUAAAAGAUUCAUCAAUUAUAGAUGAAAACAAAACCCAAUUAAAAAAUUGUACUCCUAUUCGUGGACAUUGGUGUAUAAUUAAUCCAAAAUUACAGGAUAACUACUUAAAAUAUAAUCAACAAAAUAAAUUAUUGAAGUCAAAAGAAGUUUAUGAAUCAUCUUUAAAUAUACAUUCUAGAAUUCCAGAAGUAAUCAAAGAAAAUUUGGAAUUAUAUUCCUUAUAUUUUAAUAUUAUUACUCCUAAAGAUGACAAUAUAAAGUGGGAAGAUUUAAAAAAAAAUCAUAAUAUAUUUUGUCAUGGAAAUAUUAGUUCUAAUAAAAUAUUUAUAAAUAAAGAAAAUAGUGUUUUACUUUAUACCUUGAGGGAGAAACCAUCAUUAAUUGGAUAUAUGACUCUAACAAUAACUAAUAUAAAAGAUCUUAUACUUAAAUCAAAUAUAUCUGAAAAUAUCAAUUUUAAAGAUAAUAACUCUCCUUUAAUUGAUCAGACACAAGAAGAUAUUUAUAAUAAAUUAAAUAAACAAAAAAAGAAUAAUAUUUUGAUAGAUCAGUUAAGCCUUUUGUUCUUUUUCUUAUAUAUACAUUUAGAACUUAUUUCUAAUUUACAGAAUAUGACAUAUAUGGAAUCUUUAAAUCACUUUUAUCAACGAAUAAUUAAAGAUAAAUUAAAUCAUCCUAAAAAUUUUUAUUUUCUAGUAGAUGAUAUAUAUCGUAUUGUGGGCCUUAUUCCAUAUAAAUACCUUAAUUACAUUACUUAUAUUACUAGAUUACUUGAUAAUUUACCAAAGGAUCAAUUUGUAGUAUUUGGAUUUAACCAUAUUGUUGAAAUAUUAUCAUUUCCUCAUUUAAAAUUACUUGAUAACCUUAUCAUGUCUCUUUUUGAUCAAGAUUAUGAAGAUAUAUCUUUAAAUAAUUUCUUACUAUCAUGUGAAUCUCUUGGUGUACAAGAUUAUAUUGCAAUAACAUGGUAUUAUAUGAUACAAAAUACAUCUAAAUCAGUUAAUUACAAAACAUCUCUUAAAUGUUUAGAUAAAUAUGGACCCAAAAAGAACUUAUUCUAUAAGCCUUAUUUACAAAUUAAAGAUAGUACAUCUAAUAUUACAUAA